AUGCCUGGAGUCGAGGAGGAGAUCAACGAUCAUGAUGAUUGGCUUGAAGAUGAGGAUGAAGGUUCAGGACGGGUUCCUGAAUUUCUUUGGUUUGAUGGUCCAGUGGAUGUUGUUCCACCAGCACCUCAAUUUGAACCGGACAGAGCAGCCGACGCAUUCGAACGACUCACCAAGAUCGGUGUGAUGAGACCUGCAGCUACAAGUGACAAGGAGUUACAGAAGGUCCUCAGGGCGCGAUUUGUCUACGACUGGAGGUCUGAAUUUGAAACGCAUUGGCCUUUUCAGGGGAUGGAGGAACAGUCAGCAGCACUUCCCCUGAUGCCCCAGUGCUUGGGGGCAUUGACUUCCAGGACGCAUUUCUUCGAGUACCCCAAGGCGAACCUCUACGAUUACAACUUGGAGGUUUAG